AUGACGAGUGCUGAAGUUUCGAUCUUUUCAACUAUUCUCGCUGAAAUUGAACAGAAUCCAACAAUAUUGCAGAAGCAAAAGAAUCUGAGCGCUGAAGUUUCAAUCUUUACAACAGUCCUCGCUGAUAUUGAUGAAGAGAACCCAACGAUUCUGCAGACGAAGAACAAGAAGUUGAAGAAGACCAGAAGAAGAGGAUCAAUGAAGAAGACCCCAAUUGACUUCACUCGUACGGUACCACAAACCCUAACCGAUUUAGAUUUGGUCGACAUUCUCAAUCGAGAAUUAAAGAUUCUGAAAUCUGAAAUGGAGACUAAAGGUCAAACGAGUGAUCGAUUUGUGUCUCGUAACCCUAGUUACGGUAGAGAAUGUGACUCUGUGCAAAACUGGAAAGCAGAACAACGUGAAGAAGUUAAGUUUCUUGCGGAUGAGGUUUUAGAAUGGAUCUCUAGGGGUGACCUGAAAUCCGAUAUGUCUACUGAUAAUGAAGAUUCUGUGUGCAAACCAGAAGAUGGUGACACUCUCGAGAAUUUUGAUGAGAUGUUAUCAACUAUGCUUGGAGAUGAAAACGAAGAGGUGAAUAAAGCAAAAGAAGGUGGUGAAAUUGAUGAGUUUAUUGAGAAGAUGUUAGAAAAGAUUGAGAGAGAUGGAAGUUACUUGGAGCGGAUUAAAGACGAGUAUCUGUUUGGAGAUUUUCUUGAGGAUCUGUUAAGAACUAAACUGAGAGAGAAAGCUGAGAAGGAAGAGAAGGAGAUUUCUUCAUGGAUCACUAAUGGAGACCUUGAAGCCGAACUCGGUGUUGCAGAAGAGAAGAAGGAAGAGAAACGAGAUACUAAGAAGAAGAAGAGUCCAGUGAAGGUGAAUUUGGAGAGGAGUGAACAAGAACCAACUGUGACUAAACGAGAUUAUUUCGGGUAUAAGAUACGGUUGUAUUUGAUUAAGAAACUGAGAGAAGGAAAAGAGAAUCUGAUGAAGAGGAGAGUGAAAGCUGCCAGAUAUGGACUGGAGUUCUCGUUGCUUGUGGCGGAAUAUAUGUUUUUGACACCUAAUGAGCUUCUUGCUAGUGAAAUUGAAGAUUACUGGAUCUGUCUAAAGCGAUUUGGGGUCAAUGGAGAUGCUAAGGGUACAAGUGUAAUCAUGGGAAAGCUCGAGGAAGUCUUUGAGAUAGUGAUUAGGAAGAAGGAGAACAAGAAGCAUCGUCAUGUGGACCUUCCUGAAUCUAUUCGUUUUGAUGAUUCUAUUCUUCUCUGCGUAGAUGCAAUUCAAAUCUUGGGAAAGAUUGUUUGGGCUCUGAGAAGAAACCAAUGUGAAAGACUCGAGCUUUGUGAUCUGGAUUCUCUGUUUGAAGAUUGCCAAAAGGUUUUGAUGAAGAUAGAGUUGAAGCUAGCAGAGAUGAAGCAGCGGAUACACAGAUCGGUUUCUGUGGAUGAUGAAUCGCUUUCGAAGUCAGUGAGGUUUGAUAGUUUGCUCAGAAGAGAGCUUAUGCUGAGGCUCAAUGCUGAUAGUAGAUUUGGGAGACAGAUGUUUGGAUCUUACUUAGUUGAGACAUGGACGUCUCUGUUUCAAGCGGAGGCAUUGCAUGCGACGGAGUAA